CUUCCGGUGAACAAGUGCUUACAAUUUUCUGAAAGCUUUAUUAAUUUCAUUAUAAGCUGAGAUUUUUUUCCUUUUUUCUCAGACAUAUAUUUUUAAAAAUGUCUCAUUGUAUGGUUCGUGGAUGUAAUCCAGGUCAUAGGAAGAAUCGAGAAAAGAAACAUUUAUUUAGUGCACCGAAAGAUUUCGAUUUGAGAAAAAAAUGGCAAAUUGCGAUUCGUCGAAAUGAUAUUGAGUUGAAAACUGGACAUCGAGUUUGUGAAAAACAUUUUUUACCUGAUCAAAUUCAGUAUCAAAGAAUUUUACGUGAUCAAAAUGGUGCAGUUUUAGGAGUGUCACCAUACACAAAUCCACAACUAGUACCUAACGUAGUCCCCUCGAAAUUCUGGUGGAAUGACAUUUAUAAUCAAUUUAAAAAACAAAACCUCAGUACAGAACCAAAUUCUUCUUUUCCCGUAAUCAGCGAAGUAGUUACGGCUCCUAUUUCACAACAUCCAGUUCAUUCUGCAAGACCACAAUGUUCUUCUAUCGAAACUGGGGAAAUACUGAUAACGACAUUAAGUACACCACAUCAAGUUCCUCAUGAAAACAGCGAAAAUACAAGUAAAUUGACAUUCGAGGGUUUACUUUCAGAUAAAACACUACAAUUUCCAAUUUAAUGGGAAAAGAAAAAUUACGACAUAAAUGAAAAAUCAUUUAUUGUAUUUAGCAAUACAUUAUAUGCCGAAGAAAAUGAUUCUGUUACAGAACUUUUUACGAAAAAAAUUAUUGUGGCACAAAAUUUAGGAAUACAAUUUAAGGUCAAUGAAGGGUCUGUCGAUUUAAGUGAACGAUACAGUAAUCAGUUCAAUAGCCCAGUGAAUAGUUUAGAAAUGGUAAAAAAAAUUAUUUAUAGUUUUCAUUCAUUACGUGUAUGUAACGGUGCUUCUUUAAGUGAUGAACUUUCAACUCUUGACUGCAGUUCGUAUACAUACACCGAUAAUUUUAACAAGAUAAGGCAUAGACAGUGUGAAUUAAUAAGUAAGAGCGACCAAUGUGACAAAUGUAAGACGAUAAAAAAAACUCUGAGGCGAAAGAAAAAAAGGCAAUCUAUAAAUAAUAAUGGCAUUAGUAGCAGAAGAAGAAUCAAAUGUGAUAAUCUUGAAGUUAAAGAGCAACUACAACAGUUAAAAAGAGAUUGUGCACGAAAAAACAAGUAGUGUCAUUUGCUUCAACAGGAGAACAAAGAUCUUAAGGUCUCGAUGAAGAAAAUGUCAUUAAUGAGUGAAAAAACCCUUAAUUUGCUUUUAUAGCAAAAUAAAAGCAAUAUCUCUAAAGAACAACAAAACGUAAUUCAAGAGAUUCUUAAGGCUUCCCAAUGUAAAUCACCUAAAGGUCGGCGCUAUUCAGAAGAUUAUAUGCUGUUGUGUAUG